UGGGCGAUGCCGGAAGUGGCGGUCGCUAUGCCGCCGCUCGGCCUGGCCGCUCAGGCCGCCUUUUCGCUGCUCAGUUUCUGUCUGGUUUUCAGCUGUGCCGCCAACUUCAUCAGCUUCGUGUCUCUGCGGCCGCUACAGCGGGAAAAGCCGAGGCCUGAGACAGGUGACGCCGGACACUAUGGCUGGAGCUCGAUCCUGCAGGACACGCGGGUUGUUGAGCCGCUCAGUCUUGACCUCAUUCUCCUUGGUCUCUUCAUUCUGCAGCACAGCGUCAUGGCCACUGUGACCGUCAGGAAGUGGACCUCAGCCUGGUUCGGGGUCCUGCAGAGAUCAGUGUACGUCCUGUGUACAGCAGCAGCUCUGCAGGUGCUGAUGAUGUACUGGCAGCCAGUUCUGGAGGGCCCUGAGCUGUGGAGUGUGAGAACCGAGCCUUGGAACAGCUGGGUGGUGCUCACAUGCUUUAUUAUCCACGUCAUCGCCUGGCUCAUCAUCAUCAGCAUUGCUCUGAUCUAUGACUACGCAGAGCUCAUGGGAGUCAAGCAGGUUUAUUAUCAUUGCUUGUCGCUGGGAGACCCGAUGGCAUUGAAGUCCCAGAAGGCGCAGCGUCUGUACUGCCACCUGCGACACCCUGUGUUCCUGGAGUUCCUGCUUGUCCUCUGGGUCGUUCCCGCACUCACCCUCGACCGUCUGCUCUUGGCCGCUGUCCUCAGCCUCUACUUGGUCUUUGGUCACAGCCUCGACCAGCAGGAUUACCGCUACCUCCGAGCUCAACUGGCCAAGAAGUUUGAAAUCUUCUCACGUGAGGAGACCUUCAGUGACCCCAUGGCUCUGAACGGAAGCCGGUAAACCCCAUGGGACAGAUGUGGCCUCGCUUUUUAACCGUGAUUUAUUCCCUGCAGAUUCUCAAAUCAAGGACUGGUAUCAGCCGGUUUCGUGCGUGACUCAGCAGCUAAUCACGGACUCGAGUUAAAGGUGUAACCUCUGAUUAAAAUACAUGAAACGGCCUGAUUUUCA